AUGGCGCCGCCUGAGAAAGUCAUCCCGACUGAGGUCGAGCUUGAACAGCUGGACUUGGAUGAUCAGCACACUCAAGACCUCAUCCAGCGUGCUCAAGCCAGUGAUGCAGCUGACCGGCAAUUGACGGUGCGACAGGCACUGAAGAAGUACAAGAAGGCUGUUGCCUGGGCUCUUUUCCUGUCCACCAGUCUUAUCAUGGAAGGUUACGACCUUGUCAUUAUCACCUCAUUUUACGGCCAGACACAGUUCAGAGAGCGAUUUGGUGUUUGGGACCCUAAGACUGAGCAGAAGCAGAUUACUCCUGCCUGGCAGUCUGGCCUCUCUAACUCGGCCUUGGUUGGUCAGCUUGCUGGUCUUAUAGCCAACGCCUUCUGCCAGGAUAGGUUUGGUGCUCGAUACACCAUGAUGUUCUUCCUGGCUUGGAUGGCUGUUAUGAUUGCUAUUCCCUGCUUUGCGCCCUCGCUGCCUAUUCUUGCAUGGGGUGAGGCGAUGUGUGGCGUCUCUUGGGGUGUUUUCCAGACUCUUUCUACUACUUACGCCUCCGAAGUUGUCCCUACUGUUCUUCGACCCUAUGUCACUGCCUACGUCUGCAUGUGUUGGGGCGCUGGUAUCCUUCUCUCCGGUGGUGUUGUCCGUGCUGUAGCCGGCAUCGAGGGUGACAUGGGCUGGCGACUUCCCUUCCUUCUCCAGUGGAUCUGGCCUCUUCCUCUCUUCAUCGGAGCUUACUUUGCUCCUGAGUCUCCCUGGAACGCCGUCCGACGAAACAAGCUUGAUGUGGCAAAGAAGAGUUUGAUGCGUCUUCACGAGGCCAACGCUGAGAGGGAGGCUGAGGUUGAGGCUACGCUUGCUUAUAUCCGCCAUACUACUGCUCUGGAGAGGGCUGAGACGCAUGAGGCUAGCUUCCUGGACUGCUUCCGUGGAACCAACCUUUGGAGAACUGAGAUUAACUGUGUCGUCUGGGCUGCUCAGAUUCUCGGCGGCAACGCUCUCGUCGCUUAUGGAGUCACUUUCCUCCAGUCCGCAGGCUUUUCCGAGAUUGCCUCCCUGAACCUCAACAUCUCUCUAUCCGCUUGCUAUGUCGUCGGUGGCAUCAUCUCCUGGUUCCUUUUCCCUCACCUUGGCCGAGCGACCCUCUACAUGAGCGGUCUGACAUUCCUCUUCUUUGCGAACCUUGUUAUCGGCGGGCUUGGCUUCACCAAGAGUGAAGGAGCCCAGAUGGCUAUUGGUAUCAUCCUAGUGGUCUCCAACUUGGUCAACAUGGUCACCGUUGGCCCUGUUUGUUAUCCCAUCGUUGCCGAGACUCCUUCUGGGCGUCUCCGUUAUAAGACUAUUGUCAUUGGGAGAUUCGUGUACAACCUCACCGGUCUUGUCGAGCACACUAUCACCCCUCGCAUGAUUUCGCCUCUUGGCUGGAACUGGGGAGCCAAGGCUGGUCUCUUUUACGCAGGCACCAACCUCCUGUGCAACACUUGGUGCUACUUCAGACUUCCCGAGACCAAGGACCGCACAUUCGGAGAACUCGAUGUUCUCUUCGAGAACAAGAUUCCCGCCCGCAAGUUCAAGUACACUGCUGUCGACCAAUUCGCCCAGUCGCACGACGUCAAGGGCGAAGAUGCUGCUUAA